UGAAGUUUAGUUAAUUUGUUUACAUUUUGCAUGUCAAACGAGUGGAAGGAAAACACCCCCAAAAAACAAAUUUACGUGUUUUUGACUGAUUUUCUGACACUGAUCCCAGUCCUGCCAAAAAACUGUGUGUCAGCUGCAUAUUUAACGUUUCCAGAAACCUGACUGAAUAUAGCCUAAGUAAGCACACAGUAAAAUUUAGCGAUGACAAAUCUAACGUCUACUAAUGACAGUGCAUCGUCUGUACCCCCUUUAUUCCACUGCGACCCCGCAGUUGCCAGCAUUAAGGUCCCACGAUGAGGAGCGCCACUGUCGGGCAAGAUGCUACGUCGCCACCCUCUGAAUUGAACCUUGGUCAAACACGUGACCAUUUUGAACUAUUAGACUUGCCGUAGGAAGGAGAAGCUGGUGUCGCUUCACGUUUUCAAGGGGUGUUUUAUGCCUGGAUAAAAAACGGUCAUUGAUGGAGAGUAUGUGGAGGCUGUCAUUGUGACGAAAGGAUGGACAGGCGUGGCAGUGUGGUGGAACCACUGAGCGGGCUCCCCUCACCCAGUCCACGUGACCCCCUGCUCAGUCCUGACUCCCACAUGGAUGUUCAGGGGUAUAAGUGGGUGCGCUGGCGGGUGUGGCUGUGUCGUCUGGGGGCCCUGCUGUCCUUGGGUCUCCUCCUAAUUGUGUUUCACUGGCGCCCGAGACUUGCUGUCCUUGCCCGCUGCUGCCCCUGCCCUCUGGCUUUGGCUGAUGUUCUGCUGCUAAGAGACAGUUUUGGACAGCAACAUGUUGUGGAGGUGCUCGUAGAGGAGAUGGAGGAGGGAAGUUUGGAGUUGAUGGGACAGCGUGAGGAGGCUGAAUGGAGAGAUACAGUUCAGCUGUACAAAGAGGAGAAAACAAUGCUGCGCUACUACCUGUUUGAAGGGCUGCGCUACAUCUGGUUGGACAGGAAGGGGGCUUUCAAUCGUGUUAGUGUCCUCAAUGAGGACUGGACUUGCAAAGACCUGUAUGGCUUCCAGAAUGGGCUGAGCCCCCUGGAACAGAGUGUGAGGAGAUCCAUGUUUGGUGCCAAUGUUAUUGACGUACCUGUUAAGUCUUAUAUGAGGCUGCUGUUUGAGGAGGUCCUCAACCCAUUCUAUGUAUUCCAAGUAUUCAGUAUCACCGUGUGGACGAUUGAUUCGUAUUAUUUCUAUGCUGUAUGCAUAUUUAUUAUCUCCAUCAUCUCAAUCAGUAUCUCACUUUAUGAAACUCGAAAGCAAAGCAUCACGCUCCACAACAUGGCCCGGUUGGUUACUAACGUCAAAAUACGCAGAGACUCAGGAGUGGAGGAAUGCGUGAGUUCAGUGGACCUGGUACCCGGUGACUGUCUGAUCAUCCCCCAGGAAGGUCUGCUGCUGCCAUGUGAUGCUGCCCUGCUAGCAGGGGAGUGUCUCGUCAAUGAGAGCAUGCUAACGGGCGAAAGUGUCCCAGUGCUGAAAACCCCUCUGCCAGCUGCUGACAGGACGUACAGCUCAGACACUGAGCGCAGACACACAGUUUUCUGUGGUACUCAGCUCAUUCAAGCUAAAGGAGGAAGGCCAGGGGGCAGCGGUGCUGUUGCUGUGGUCACAAGCACUGGGUUUUUUACAGCCAAGGGCAGCCUGGUCAGCUCCAUUUUGUACCCUCAGCCAGUCAACUUCAGAUUUUACAAAGAUGCUGUCAAGUUCCUGCUCAUUCUAGCUUUUGUUGCUCUCAUUGGCACCAUUUACAUUUUUGUGACCCUCAUCAAAACCAAUGUGACCUGGCCGCAGUUGAUUAUUAGAUGCCUGGAUAUUAUAACGAUUGCUGUGCCUCCUGCCCUGCCUGCUGCCAUCACCACAGGAACAAUCUAUGCCCAGCGUAGGCUGAAGAAUCAAGGAGUGUUUUGCAUUAGUCCACCUCGGAUCAACGUCUGUGGCAAGGUCUCGCUUUUCUGCUUUGACAAGACAGGAACUCUUACAGAAGAAGGUAUGGAUGUGUGGGGAGUGAUGGAGGGGAGACCUGCUGGUUUCUCAGAGCUGGUUCCAGAGCCCACACUUCUACCGCCGGGCCCCAUGAGGACUGGCUUGGCCUGCUGUCACACCAUUACCCUACUUCAAGGUCAGCCCCUCGGCGACCCUUUGGAGCUCAAGAUGGUCGAGUCUACUGGCUGGACUCUACUGGAACCAGAGGGAAAUGGAGAUGUGCUAGAUGAAGAAUUUGGAGGUCACAAAGUUUUGGCUGUUAUGAGAGCUCCAAAUCAACAGCCUCAAGUUCAGGGAACUUUCACCAGUGAGGCUGUGGCCAUUGUGAAGAGGUUUCCGUUUUCCUCUGCCCUGCAGAGGAUGAGUGUGGUUACGGUAGCCCGUGGGGGACACUCGGCUCUGGCUUUCAUCAAAGGUUCCCCGGAGAUGGUGGCUAGCCUCUGUCGAGCUGAAACAGUGCCAGCAGAGUUCUCCAACCAGCUGCAUAACUUCUCCAGCGAAGGCCUCAGGGUUCUUGCCCUUGCCUACAAACCAUUAGACGUGAAGUCUGACUUGAAAACCAUUGAACGUAGUGACAUAGAGAACGACAUGCAGUUCUUGGGCUUGUUGAUGUUGAAGAACCUGAUCAAGCCUGAAAGUGCAAAAGUAAUUGACAUCCUGAAACUGGCACAUAUUCGCAACGUUAUGGUCACUGGAGACAACAUUUUGACAGCAGUAAAUGUAGCAAAAAGCUGUGGGAUGGUGGAAUCUGAAGAUAAGGUAAUUUUCGUCAGUGCAACCCCCCACACUGCCCAGUCUUUGCCCACCCUGAGAUUCAGCCUGGAAGAUGGAGGGGCCAUUGCCACCCAAAGCCUCACGGAUGUCAACAAUGGGGGUCUCUAUCAGACCGGUUUUGGCUAUCACUUGGCUAUAAAUGGCAAGUCCUUUGCUGCCCUCUGUGACCACUUUCCUGAGUAUCUUCCAAAGGUUUUGAUGAAAGCCACCAUAUUUGCUCGCAUGGCCCCAGACCAGAAAACUCAGCUGGUGAAGGAGCUGCAGAAGUUGAACUAUCGAGUGGGCAUGUGCGGGGAUGGGGCCAAUGACUGCGGGGCCCUAAGAGCUGCUGAUGUUGGGGUUUCUCUGUCCGAAGCUGAAGCUUCAGUUGCUUCACCGUUUACUUCCAAAACUGAAAACAUCAGCUGUGUGCCGCUGCUUAUCAGAGAGGGUCGUUGUUCUCUGGUAACCUCCUUCAGUGUCUUUCGAUACAUGGCGUUGUACAGUUUGAUUCAAUACUGCUCCGUCCUCAUCCUCACCACAGUGAAGACUACCAUGGCUGACCUACAGUUCCUGUUUUGUGAUCUUAUUCUGGUGACUUUCUUGGCCAUUGUGAUGGGGAAAGGAGGCCCCAGUGAGGAGCUACACCCUUGCAGACCGCCAGCCAGUCUGCUGGCCCUGCCUGUAUUAGGCAGCCUCUUCAUCCAUACAUGCAUGAUUGUCCUGGGCCAGCUUGCAGCACUCUUCAUUACUAUCACACAGGAAUGGUAUAUUCCACUGAAUUCAACUGUUUUUGGAACUGCCAAUCUGCCCAACAUGGAGAACACCAGUGUGUUUGACUUGUCUGGUUUCCAGUACAUCAUCAUGGCAGUGGUGGUCACCAAGAGCUACCCUCACAAGAAACCUCUCUACCACAACAUGAUCUUCCUCUGCCUGCUGUUCAUCUAUUUUGGUGUGAUGGCCUGGUUGGUGUUGUAUCCGGGGCCUUUCUUUAGCCAAAUACUUGAAGUGUACAACAUCACUGAUAUGAACUUUAAAAUGCUGCUCGUUGCAGUAGCCGCGCUCAACUUCCUGAUUUGUUUUCUUGUGGAGAUACUGAUAGAUUUGGGAAUCUUGAACUGCCUUCGGUGGCUUCGCGGGAAGCGUCCUUCCAAGAAACUGUACAAACGUCUGAAGGUCCUCCUGUCUGACUCCACAUUGUGGCCACCACUCAAUCAAACCCUGUCCCCCACAAACACAGUCCUCUCCUUCAGCUAGCAUCUGCCUGGCUGCUAUUGGACUGUGUUUGUCCUCCAGACCAAAUUAUGUUGGAUUCCUGAACAUCCCCAGCUUGACCAACAAUGCAAAAUCAUGUUUACCUGUAGUAAUAAAAAAAACAAACUAUUUUUA